CGUCGUCGUCAACAGUGAAUUUAAAAGAGUACCAGACUUGAUACUUUUUAAAAUAAUUAUCAGGUGGUUUAACUUGUGCUGGUGAUUGUUUAUUAUUAUUAUUAAUUUGGUUAUUGGUAAUAGUUAAUAUUAUUGCACAAAUGCAGGGACUCGAUAAAAAGUAGAAGGCGCGUAGGAGAAAAGUGACAGCAGACUGGAUAGUGUUCUUUAGUCUACCAGUAACUCAGUUGCUGGAGAGACAGUGUCUAAGUCGCUUGUACUAGAUACUAGACACUAGACUCUAGACUAUAGACCGUAGACAGUAAACACGAGACGUUAGACCUCAAUAUUUAUAAUAAAUAUACAUAAAAAUAUAUAUUUGUUAUAUAUAUAUUCAUUCAAUAAUGAAAUACCAGGGUGCCAUUAUCAUCAGUCUGCUAGUACUCGAAUGUUGCGGGACGCGAGUUCAGUCGAGUACUAAAAAAAAAAAGGAGAUACCAGCAACAGAUCAAUCAGCAGCUUCAUCAUUUUGGAGUCCAGCAAUAAAAACAGGAAACAUCUUCGGCCAAGAUGACACGAGCUCUUUCUUCUCAGCCGGACAUGGGCUAGUCCAAACCCACCCCAUAGCCAGCGCCUUCCAAAGUGGAUUCGGAGGGAUAGAUAAUCUCGGAAGCCGAGGCGCAACUGUGAGACCCCCGCGGACGCGUCCCCUGGAUUACAGCGAACGCGCAACAGCGGAACUCAGACGUAACCCGUCGCUUUCGGCGCCCGAUGAGUGUGCGAGAGCGUGCCGAGAAGGGGAGCCUCCUCGCAUCUGCUACUAUCACUUCACACUCGAGUACUACUCAGUGCUGGGCGCCGCGUGCCAAGUUUGCACACCCAAUGCUACCAACACAGUCUGGAGUCACUGCCAGUGCGUGUUAGCAGAUGGAGUGGAGCGAGGAAUUUUGACCGCGAACCGAAUGAUCCCCGGACCGAGUAUCCAGGUCUGCGAGGGCGACAAAGUCGUCGUCGACGUCGAGAAUCACAUGCAAGGAAUGGAGGCGACCAUCCAUUGGCACGGAAUCUGGCAACGUGGGUCCCAGUACUACGACGGAGUUCCCUACGUCACUCAGUGUCCCAUCCAAGAAGGCAACACCUUUAGAUACCAAUGGACCGCCGGAAAUGCAGGUACCCACUUCUGGCAUGCUCACACUGGUCUCCAGAAGAUUGAUGGUCUCUACGGCAGCGUAAUUGUCCGUCAGCCUCCCAGCAAAGAUCCCAACAGCAAUCUCUACGACUACGAUCUUACAACUCACGUCGUUUUGAUCAGUGACUGGAUGCACGAAGACGCCGCGGAACGAUUCCCUGGACGACUUGCUGUGAACACUGGUCAGGAUCCCGAAACUGUUCUGAUUAACGGAAAAGGACAGUUCAGAGAUCCAAACACCGGUUUCAUGACCAACACACCAUUGGAAGUAUUCACAAUAACUCCAGGACGUCGAUACAGAUUCCGUUUGAUCAAUUCCUUUGGGUCAGUUUGUCCAGCGCAAAUAACUUUCCAGGGUCACGAGCUGACCUUGAUCGCCACGGAUGGAGAACCAGUUCAACCUGUCCAAGUAAACACCAUAAUAUCAUUCUCUGGUGAGCGUUACGACUUUGUAAUAAACGCCGACCAGCCAGUGGGCGCCUACUGGAUCCAACUCCGUGGGCUCGGAGAGUGUGGAAUAAAACGCGCUCAGCAGCUUGCAGUUCUGAGAUACGCACGAGGUCCUUAUCAACCAUCAAGUUCCCCGCCAACUUACGACCUGGGUCUCCCUCAAGGAGUUGUGCUGAACCCGUUGGACGCGAUCUGUAACAUGCCCAGAGACGACGCGGUCUGCGUCAACCAACUGAAGAACGCAAAGGCAAUCGACGAGGGGAUUCUCCAAGAGCGUCCUGAUGUCAAAAUUUUCCUGCCAUUCAGAUUUUUAUUCUACCGUCCGGAAGAAGUUUUCCAACCCAACACUUACAAUAGAUUCCUGGUGGCGCCCACUGGCGACCACGUCAUUUCGCUUGUCGACGAAAUAUCGUUCACGUUUCCCCCGGCGCCUCCUAUUUCGCAGAUUAACGACAUCCCACCAGAGCAAUUUUGCAACGGUGACAAUAGACCCGCUGACUGCGGAGCAAAUUGCAUGUGCACUCACAAGGUCGAUAUUCCCCAUAACGCUAUUGUCGAAGUGGUACUCGUUGAUGAAGUACAGCAGCCUAAUCUCUCCCAUCCGUUCCACUUGCACGGAUAUGCGUUCAAUGUUGUGGGCAUGGGUCGAUCCCCGGACAAAAAUGUCAAGAAGAUUAAUUUGAAGCACGCACUCGAUCUCGACAGACGUGGACUCUUGCAUCGAGAGUUUAAUUUACCGCCUUCCAAGGAUACCAUCGCGGUUCCCAACAAUGGAUACGUUGUCUUUAGAUUCCGAGCUGAUAAUCCUGGAUACUGGCUCUUCCAUUGUCAUUUCUUGUUCCACAUCGUAAUUGGUAUGAAUUUAGUACUUCAUGUCGGUACACACGCAGAUUUACCACCAGUACCACCGAAUUUCCCAACUUGCGGUGAUCAUUUACCGCCGAUAACGCCGCCGCUGUCUCUCGACCAUUCAUUUCAUUGAGGAAGGCCAUUCUCAAUUUAACUUUUAAUAGGAAAUACUUUUGUAAAAUAGUUUAAUCGUCUAGCUGAAGAUGUCCAAGACCAACGAGUCCAACAAGACGGGAAUAAAUAUUGAAUUAUCGAUUAUUUAUUUAAGACGUCGAUAUAUUUUUAAUUUAAAUAUAAAAAAUAUGUCCGACAAACAUUAUCCUAACAUUGUGUAAUUCUGUAAAUAAUCUAGGCGUAAUUACUGUGUAUAACUUAUACACUUUAUAAUUAUUAUUAUUAUUAUUAUAAUUAUUAUUAAUAUUAUUAUUUUCUUAAUUAAAUGCA